UUGCAGAUUUCUGGAUGGCGGCACAGACAGGAUCAAAAGCGGACGAGGAGGAUAAAUUUGAACCAGGAAGUAGUACCUCUACUGCAGCAAUUUCUCGGCGGCGGAUCAUCUACCGACCAUUUUCUAUAAAUCCGCAUACUUCAACAACUACCGUUACAGCAACUAUAAGAGACACUCUGAUAGCUGUUCGAGAUGCAGUUGCUGCUUCUAUCAUGACUACUUCCUCCUCCACUUUUCCUAAGGCAUCUACUAGUACCGCCAGUGCUACUGCUGAUACAACGACUAUCAGUACUUACGCUUCGAAUAUUUCACAACAGCAUGCUGUUUGUUUGACCAAUCCAGAAACGAACACAGCCACACCUGGCAAUAAUACCAUUAACAAAGUACCCCGUCGAUGGGAACAAUGGAACAGCUCGGAAAUUAACGCAUUCUUCGAGGGUAUCAAAUUGUAUGGAAAAGAUUUCGAACAAAUGGCAAAAUUGAUGGCACGGAGAAAAUUGAACAAAGACAAGGAUCAAGUUCGUAAUUAUUAUUUCAAUUCGCUCAAACUGCUGAGAUCUUCAACACGUAUUGAUGAAACCUUGAUGGCAGGUAUACCACGAGAUGUUAAGGAGUUAUUUAUUUUGAUUAAUGGAUUUGAAUGGAAGAGAAGAGUUUGUGGCAAGUUUGAUCAAGCCAAAUUUCAGCAACUAGUUAUGGAAGGAUCAACGUAUGAGAAGAAAAGAAAGAAAAAGCAGCUAGUACUGAUACGUACGCCAGUUUGUCCUUCUUUGCAGAAAUUUUUCCCGAGUUGCAGCUCAUCACCAUUACCAUCGCAUAUUUUUAUAUGUCUCACGCCGAAAACCGAAGCUGAUCGUUAUUUCGUGGAGCAACGUGGACAAAAUCCUUUGAUUAGAAUCAGGGUCGCCAUUAGCGAUCAACUUAGUCGUAUUUUCUCAUUUCUUAAGAUAAAAUGGAGUUUGCGGAUCCAGAAAUUGCUUGGAACCAUGUCGAAGGAGGAAGAGCAACUAACAGUGGUAUUGUAUCCCGAUAAAUCAACUCGCGUGGGCAAGAUAAUUGUGAAUCUGUAUGAAGCUACGCCGACGAUAUUUUCAAUAAAUAGGCUGGUAAAAGAACUUCAACGAACGGGAACCAUUGAACAAAGCAAUGAACUCUCUAAACGUAGGAGUACAAAUGCUGGCGAAGAAACAUCCGAAGAUGUAGAGAUGUCAAAUGCCACAGAAGAUGAUGAUGAUGAUGGACCAUUUACAAUCAACGAGAACAAGCUGCGUGGUGGACUUACUGAAAAAAACGUUCUCAAAGCUACUGUGACUGAAUUAUAUUAUUUGUGUGGUAAAGAGUCUGAAAUCAAACUUGUUUAUUCAACGGGGAUGAAGCGAAUGGGCGAUCCCGAACCAUGGCGUAUUUUUCUUCAUCUUCUAGAUCGUGGUUACGGUGACAAUCUUUGUAAGUCUCUUGCUGAUCCGCAAAGAAUAGCAGAAUCAGAUGAAUUCAUAGAACAAAAAUGGCAAGAAAGGAUUCGAAAAAGAUGCAAAUCAAAUAAUCUUUCGGUGCAAUCAUCUGGCUGUCUAACUGCAUCGACUGAAAUGAUGGAAACAACUGAAGCUGCUGCUCAUGAAAUGGUGGAGGCAGAGAAUAGUGCUUUUAUGCAGCAACUUGAAAGUUUGAGGGUGAAAAAACGUGCUCGCCCUUUUCAUCAGCGUUUUCCUGGCAAGAACAGUGGGAUUAUACAAGCAGUUGCGCUGAAUUCUCCGUCAGUUCAUCAUUCUGCAGCAACUACUGCUUAUCAGUUGGCUGAUCCUAUUUCUGGGUCUCAGAACGAACGAUCAAGUGCAGUGCAACCCGAUCAGCUUUCUUUUUCUGCUAGUGAUGCAGCAAGAUCCAGUGCUAUUGCUGGUAAAAUAAGGUCCCGUGAUGGUAGUAGUAGAAUCUGGUCUGACGUAGGAAUUUCUGGUGAAUUCAAGCCUGACGAUAAUUUCGAUGGAAUCAGGACAGGAAAUGGUUACUUACUGCAAGAAACCAGUGUUUCAUCACAUCCAACACAAGUUCAUCGUAUGAUGGAAGCGAGGUAUCAGUUGGUUAAUCCUGUAUUUGUAGCUCACAAAGUAGCAACAUCGACAUCACCUGCGCGGUUUGUUCCUUCAUCAUGCAGUAAUGCUGUUGGAAUUAGGCACAGUGUUAGUAAUACUACUGUUCCGAUGUGUUCUACACAAGAAAUGACAACAGUGCGAUAUCAGGUACCUGAGCCUGUAUUCAUGCCCGAAAACAGUCAAUCGAUACCAGAGCACUUUGUUUUUCCUGUUUCCAAUACAGUUAAUUCUGAUGUGGUUCAGAAGAUUCUAACAUCGACAGUAGGUACUGUGGAGCCAAGUGGAGACUGUGGUGCUAGUGAUCGUGGUAUCAUGCCUUCGUCACCAAUCAAAGAGAGCAGCCUUCUAAGAGAAUUGCAUAGUGCACCGUCAAUGGAUAAGUCGAUAGAAGUGAUGCUGCAGGAGAAUAGCACUGAAUGUUAUCGUUUUGUUGAACAGUUUGCUUCAACUAUGAAUUCUCGAUCGAACGUCGUUAGCAAUGCAGCUAAUGCGGAAAGCGAAAUAACUCGUAUCGCACAACAGCUUGCCCAGUCGGCAGGUGAUGCACUCAGAUCUGUCGAUAAUAGUAGUGGUAGAGUGAGAUCUGGUGAUGGUAGUGGUUCAACUAUCUCCGUUGGUGUUAUGAAUGUGACCAAAUCCGCCGACCCUGAUACUGUCGAGAUUAGGUCCAGCGAUGAUAGGGAAGAAACGCAAUGACUUUAAUGCUUCCUUUGUAUGCUUUGAUUUUCAAUUUUCAUUCGCUUAGAACAGUUUUGAAAAUAGGUAAGGUACGACGACUAAUCCUUACUUUUUACCUUUUUUACCUUCUAUUAGGCUCAGA